AUGGCCAGCAACAAUCUUUUAGAACUAUCUAAAGACGAAGAAUUCAAACAAUUAAUUGAACAAAAUAAAAAUACUCCAAUAUUUCUUGAUUUCUGGGCACCAUGGGCACAACCCUGUGCUCAAAUGAAUGAUGUAUUUGCUGAGCUUGCCAAAAAAAAUACCGCAUAUAAAUUUAUUAAGAUUGAGGCAGAAAAAUUUCCUGAAAUUUCAGAAUCAUUUGAGAUAACAGCUGUUCCGACAUUCAUUGUCAUAAAGAAUGGAAAAAUUGUGGACUGUAUUGUUGAUUUGAAUACGCGUAUCAAAGAAUUAAUUAAUUCCUCGUCUGUCAUGGUUUUCAUCAAAGGAACACCAAGUCAACCACGUUGUGGAUUUUCAAAACAAAUUAUAGGGAUUUUGAAUGAGCACCAAGUUAAAUAUGGUACAUUCAAUAUUCUUGCUGACGAAGAAAUUAGGCAGGGCAUAAAAGAAUAUUCUAAUUGGCCAACCUAUCCUCAGUUAUAUAUAAACGGAGAACUUGUCGGUGGAUUAGAUAUUGUAAAAGAGUUGGUUGAAUCGGGUGAAUUCAAGUCAAUGGUUCCAAAAGAAAAAAGUCUAGAUGAAAAGCUUCAAGAAUUAAUUAAUAAAGCUGAUAUAAUGGUAUUCAUAAAGGGAUCUCAAAAUAAUCCAAAAUGUGGAUUUUCCAAGUAA